AUGCUGAACCAACCCAUCUGCUCCAAGCCAAGCUGGCACAAGGGAGGAAUCAUUGGAGGCGGGCAUGAGGAAAAGGCCAUUGGAACGGGGGUUUGGCGAGGUAAAGGACCUGAGACGCUGUUCGCGGGGCAGAAGCUGAACGACAAUGAGUGGCACACAGUGAAGGUGGUGCGCAGAGGCAUGAACCUGCAGCUGUCUGUGGAUAAUGUCACAGUGGAAGGCAAGAUGACUGGUGCCCACACACGUCUGGAGUUCCACAACAUAGAGACGGGCAUCAUGACGGAGCGGCGCUUCAUAUCUGUGGUGCCCUCAAACUUCAUUGGCCAUCUCCAGGGCCUGACCUUCAACGGGUUGCCCUAUUUAGACCAGUGCAAAAAUGGUGACAUCUCGUACUGUGAACUGAACGCCCGCUUCGGCAUGCGCCACAUCAUUGCAGAUCCGGUGACGUUUCGAACGAAAGGCAGCUACUUAGCGUUAGCCACUUUGCAAGCUUACGCCUCGAUGCACCUCUUCUUUCAGUUUAAAACCACCACGCCCGACGGCCUGAUGCUCUUCAACUCUGGAGACGGUAGUGACUUCAUAGUCGUAGAACUGGUGAAAGGAUUUGUCCACUACGUCUUUGAUCUGGGCAAUGGGCCGUCGCUGAUGAAGGGCAACUCAGAGAAGACCCUCAAUGACAACCAGUGGCACAACGUGGUGGUGUCCCGGGACGCCAACAAUGUACAUACCCUCAAGAUCGACUCACGCACCGUUACACAGCACUCCAAUGGAGCCCGCAACCUGGACCUCAAAGAGUCUGGAGUGCUCUUGAGGCUGCUGGUUGUGUAA